AUGGCUUACAAGACACAACAUGGAGUCGAUGAUAUGGUCAUGUUAUCAAAGAUAGCAAAUGAUUCUAUUUUGGAUAACUUGAAAAAAAGAUAUGGUGGUGAUGCUAUCUAUACAUAUAUUGGUAAUGUAUUGAUUUCAGUCAAUCCAUUUAAACAAAUUAAAGGUUUAUAUGCAGAAAGAAAUUUACUUGAAUACAGAGGUAAAUUUAGAUAUGAACUUGCACCACAUGUCUAUGCUGUAGCAGAUGAUAUGUAUAGAAAUAUGUACGCAGAAGGUCAAAGUCAAUGUGUUAUCAUUUCUGGUGAAUCUGGUGCUGGAAAAACUGAAGCAGCCAAAUUAAUUAUGCAAUAUAUUGCAGCAGUAUCAGGUAAAGGUGUUGAUGUAACCCGUGUCAAAGAUGUAAUUUUAGAAUCAAAUCCUUUACUUGAGGCUUUUGGUAAUGCAAAGACCCUUAGAAAUAAUAAUUCCAGUCGUUUUGGUAAAUAUAUGGAAGUUCAAUUUGAUGGUAAAGGUGAUCCAGAAGGUGGAAGAGUUACAAAUUAUUUAUUAGAAAAAUCACGUGUAGUAUAUCAAACCAAAGGUGAAAGAAAUUUCCAUAUUUUCUACCAAUUAUUGGCAGGAGCUAACCAACAAUUAAGAAGUGAAUUAAAGUUGGAGAGUCCAGAUAAAUACAACUAUCUCUCUGCAAGUGGUUGUUACAAUGUCGAUGGUGUUGACGAUAAUCAAGAAUUCCAAGACGUUCUAAAGGCCAUGAAAGUUAUUGGUAUUAGUGAACCAGAACAAAAAGAAGUAUUCAGAUUGGUUGCUGCUGUUUUAAAUCUUGGUAACAUUGGUUUCAAGAAUAAUAACAAAGAUGAAGCUCAAAUUGAUCAAUCUUCAAGAAAAGCAAUGGAAACAUUUGCAUAUUUAAUUCAAACAGAUGUACAAUCUGUAGAAAAAGCAUUAUGUUAUCGUACAAUUUCUACUGGUACUCAAGGUAGAAGUGCACGUGUUAGUACUUAUGCAUGUCCACAAAACUCUGAGGGCGCAUACUAUUCUAGAGAUGCUUUGGCCAAGGCUCUUUACAGUCGUCUUUUUGAUUGGAUUGUCAACAAGGUCAAUAUUGCACUUGGUUACAAAUCAAACUCACAAGCCUUGAUGAUUGGUAUCCUUGAUAUCUAUGGUUUUGAAAUCUUUGAAAAGAAUGGUUUCGAACAGAUGGUCAUCAACUAUGUCAAUGAACGUUUGCAACAAAUCUUUAUCGAGUUGACCCUCCGUGCUGAACAAGCCGAAUACCACAACGAAGGUAUCCCAUGGGAGCAAAUUGAUUUCUUUAACAACAAGAUUUGUUGUGAUCUCAUUGACUCGAAAAAGCCAGCCGGUAUAUUCACUGUUCUCGAUGACGUUUGUAACUUCCCCAAGGGUGACGAUGAAAAGUUCCUUCAGAGAAUGAAUGAAACGCUUGGAGGACAUGCUCACUUCCAGUCUGCUCAACAAGCAUCUCGUAACUUUACCAUCAAGCAUUAUGCCGGUGAUGUAGAAUACUGUGCCGAAGGUUUUGUCGACAAGAACAAAGAUCUACUCUUUAACGAUCUCGUCGAUCUUGCCGCUUGCACCAGCUCCAAGUUGAUCCCACAACUCUUCCCAGAGAUCAAUGCUGAAAAGGACAAAAAGAAGCCAACCACUGCCGCCUUUAAGAUCAAGGAAUCGAUUGGUGCUCUUGUCAAUGCACUCUCUCAAUGUACUCCACAUUACAUUCGUUGUAUCAAACCCAAUGGCAACAAGAGAGCCAAUGACUUUGACACGUCACUCGUUAUGCAUCAAGUCAAGUACCUUGGUCUCCUCGAGAAUGUACGUAUCCGUCGUGCCGGUUAUGCCUAUCGUCAAACCUACGACAAGUUCUUUUACCGUUACCGUGUCUGUUGCAAGGAAACCUGGCCAAAUUGGACUGGUGGUUUUGAACAAGGUUGUGAAGUCAUCCUCAAGAAUAUGGAACUCGACCAAAAGCAAUAUUCCAAAGGAAAGACAAAAAUCUUUAUCCGUGCUCCAGAAACUGUCUUUAAUUUGGAAGAGUUGCGUGAGAGAAAGGUAUUCAUCUAUGCCAACAAGCUCCAAAGAUUCUUCCUUCGUUUCACUCUCAUGUCCUACUAUUACUCGAUUCAAAAGCAGGCCAAUGACACGUUAAAGUCAAACAAGGAACGUCGUCGUCUCUCACUCGAACGUCCAUUCCAAUCAGACUAUCUCAACUAUCGUGAAAACUUCCCACUCAAAGACAUUGUUCAAAAGAAUGGCAACGAAAAGAUCAUGUUUACACAUUCCAUCAACAAGUAUGAUCGUCGUUCUCGUAGCCAACGUCGUGUUCUUCUCCUCACAGACACUGCCGUCUAUUUCAUUGCAAUCGAAAAGAACAAGGACAAGGAAGACAGAAAGAAACGUCCAUGGAUCUAUGUACAAAAACGUCGUCUAUUGCUCACCAACAUUGUCUCGGUCGAGUUGAGUAGAUGGGCCGACGGUAUGAUCGUCCUAAAGACAAUGAAUGACCACGAUCAAAUGUUUGAAUGUCGUAGAAAGACAGAGUUUAUUGGCACUCUCCAAAAGGCUUUCAAGCCAGUCAAGGUUAACUUUUCAAACUCGAUUGGUGUUGCCAUUAAAGCAUCGAAACAAGGUGGAAAGGGUAAGGAACGUGUCAUCUCUUUUGAAAAGGGAACAAAGCCAGAGACUGCUUUCAAGGGAAGCAAGGUAUUAUCGCCAAAUGACGGUCUCUCUGCCGACACUACUCCAAACCUCACUGCUCCAGAAUCGUUGCCAGUUGUUCACACCCCAAUCUAUCGUCCAGCCAUGAAUGCCAAGGUUGCUGCCAACAACAACUCUUCACCCUUUGCUGCCAAAGUAACUGCCAAGGCACUCUAUGAUUUCGAUGCAGAAUCAUCGAUGGAAUUGUCAUUCCGUGAGGGUGACCAACUCACCAUUAUCGAUCAAAGUGGUGGUGAUUGGAUCGAUGCCGAAUUACAUGGAAAGAGAGGUAAAGUACCAGCCAACUACCUCCAAAUUAACAAGGCCUCAUCUGCACCUCCACCAAGAAGUGGUCCUCCACCAGCAGCAAGAGGUGGUGCUCCUCCAAGAGGUGGUGCUGUCUCUUCACCACCAGUCUCUGGUCCACCAAGAGGUGGUGCUCCAAUGAGAGGUGGUCCUCCUCCAAGAGGUGGUGCCCCUCCAAGAGGUGGUGCUCCUCCAAGAGGUGGUGCCCCUCCAAGAGGUGGUGCUCCAAUGAGAGGUGGUAUGGCAAGAUAA